GGAAGCCGCCAUAGGACAAUUUCAGUCGGCGUGCUCUUUUGAACAAGAAGAACCGCUACGAAGCACGGGAGGAGAGCGGCCCAGUACGAUAAUUCAACGUCCAAGUCAAUAUUGAUGGAGUGGCAGCCAGAUGAGCAGGGACUUCAGCAGGUCCUCCAGCUGCUCAAAGACUCACAGUCGCCCAACACAGUCACGCAGAGAGCAGUCCAACAAAAACUUGAACAACUCAACCAAUUCCCCGACUUCAACAACUAUCUCAUCUUUGUUCUCACGCGACUCAAAACUGAAGACGAGCCGACUCGCUCUCUGAGCGGUCUGAUACUGAAGAACAAUGUUAAGGCCCACUACCAGAAUUUCCCCCCAACUGUUGCUGACUUCAUCAAGCAGGAAUGUCUCAACAACAUCGGUGACCCCUCACCGCUCAUUCGUGCCACUAUUGGCAUCCUGAUCACUACUAUUGCCUCCAAGGGAGAGCUACAAACAUGGCCUGAGCUGCUGCCCCAGCUCUGCAACUUGCUCAAUUCCGAUGACUACAACACCUGCGAGGGCUCGUUUGGAGCACUGCAGAAGAUCUGCGAGGACUCCUCGGAGCUGCUGGACAGCGAAGCUCUGAACAGGCCUCUCAACAUUAUGAUACCAAAAUUCCUCCAGUUCUUCAAGCACUGCAGCCCCAAGAUUAGGUCCCAUGCCAUCGCCUGUGUGAACCAGUUCAUCAUUGGCCGAGCCCAGGCCCUAAUGGACAACAUUGACACCUUCAUAGAGAGCCUGUUUGCGCUGGCAGCAGAUGAGGACUCUGAGGUUCGAAAGAACGUGUGCCGAGCCCUGGUCAUGUUACUGGAGGUCCGCAUCGACCGCCUCAUCCCCCACAUGCACAGCAUCAUCCAGUACAUGCUGCAGAGGACCCAGGACCCAGAUGAGAACGUGGCUCUGGAAGCGUGCGAGUUUUGGCUGACUUUAGCGGAGCAACCCAUCUGUAAGGAGAUGCUGUCUGGACACCUGGCGCAACUGACACCUAUCUUGGUAAAUGGGAUGAAGUAUUCAGAGAUCGACAUCAUACUAUUAAAAGGCGAUGUGGAGGAGGACGAGGCAGUACCGGAUAGCGAUCAGGACAUUAAGCCCCGUUUCCACAAGUCGCGCACGGUCACUUUGCAGCAUGAAGGAGGAGGGGAGGGGGAGGAGGGGGAGGACAUUGAAGAUGACGAUGACGAUGAUGAUGACACACUGUCAGAUUGGAACCUGCGAAAGUGUUCAGCUGCAGCCCUGGACGUGCUGGCCAACGUGUUUCGUGACGAGCUGCUGCCCCACCUCCUACCGCUCCUGAAAGGCCUGCUCUUCCACCCCGACUGGGUCAUCAAGGAGUCUGGCAUCCUGGUUUUGGGGGCAAUAGCUGAGGGUUGCAUGCAGGGCAUGGUGCCCUAUCUACCGGAGCUGAUCCCCCACCUUAUCCAGUGUCUCUGUGACAAAAAGGCCCUGGUGCGCUCCAUUGCCUGCUGGACCCUGAGUCGCUAUGCGCAUUGGGUGGUCUCCCAGCCCCCUGACUCCUACCUCAAACCCCUUAUGACAGAGCUUCUUAAACGCAUCCUGGACGGCAACAAGAGGGUGCAAGAGGCCGCUUGCAGUGCGUUUGCUACCCUAGAAGAGGAGGCGUGCACAGAGCUGGUGCCCUACCUGAGCUUUAUCCUGGACACACUGGUGUUUGCCUUUGGGAAGUACCAGCACAAAAAUCUCCUCAUUCUCUACGAUGCCAUAGGAACUCUAGCAGACUCAGUGGGUCACCACCUCAAUCAGCCUGAGUACAUUCAGAAGUUGAUGCCCCCCCUUAUUGCCAAGUGGAACGAGCUGAAAGAUGAAGACAAGGAUCUCUUCCCACUACUAGAGUGUCUGUCGUCUGUAGCAACCGCCCUGCAGAGUGGGUUUCUGCCUUACUGUGAGCCUGUCUAUCAGCGCUGUGUCACGCUAGUCCAGAAGACACUAGCUCAGGCUAUGAUGUACAACCAGCAUCCAGACCAGUACGAGGCUCCUGACAAGGAUUUUAUGAUUGUGGCCUUGGAUCUGCUGAGCGGCCUGGCUGAGGGUUUGGGGGGUCAUGUGGAACAGCUAGUGGCCCGCUCGAACAUCAUGACCCUGCUUUUCCAGUGCAUGCAGGAUACUAUGCCUGAGGUGAGGCAAAGCUCCUUCGCUCUUCUGGGUGAUCUAACCAAGGCAUGUUUCCUCCAUGUUAAGCCCUGCAUUGCUGAGUUCAUGCCCAUCCUGGGGCUCAACCUGAACCCAGAGUUUAUCUCAGUGUGUAACAAUGCCACCUGGGCCAUUGGAGAGAUCUCGAUGCAAAUGGGUGCAGAGAUGCAGCCAUAUGUGGGAAUGGUCCUGCCCCACCUAGUUGAGAUCAUCAAUAGACCCAACACACCAAAGACUCUGCUGGAAAACACAGCAAUUACGAUUGGCAGACUGGGUUAUGUGUGUCCCCAGGAGGUGGCACCACAGCUGCAGCAAUUCAUUAGACCAUGGUGCACAUCAUUGAGGAACAUCCGAGAUAACGAGGAGAAAGACUCGGCCUUCAGGGGAAUCUGUGUGAUGAUUGGCGUCAACCCUGCAGGAGUGGUGCAGGAUUUCAUUUUCUUCUGUGACGCUGUGGCCUCCUGGGUCAACCCCAACGACGACCUGAGAGACAUGUUUUACAAGAUCUUGCAUGGCUUUAAGGAUCAGGUCGGGGAAGAGAACUGGCAGCAAUUCUCGGAGCAGUUCCCCCCUCUGUUGAAGGAGCGCCUGUCGGCCUGCUACGGCGUCUAACCCAACCUCCUCCUUGUCCACACAGGACACCAACCUGUUAGGUUAAUGUAGGGGAGGGUUACUGGGGAACUCAUUGCACUGCCCAGAUUGUGGGGAGAAAUGAGAGCUGGAGGGAUGUGACUGGCUUUGACCCUUCACUCAGCGGAUGGUCCCCUUUCCCCCUGCUCCCUGUGUGUCUCUCUGAGGG